UUGUAACGUACUAGCCUUCUGCCAAAGGAGUGCUCCAGCUUCUAUAUAAGGGAAUACCUAUUGCUUGGAAACUGAAACUCACCAUUGCCAAAAUUGUGUCACACAUAAACAAUGGGGAUGUUUAUGACGCGACUGUUUGGACUUCUCAUUCUCAUCAUGCUUUCUUCAAAAGCAUAUGGAAGUCUUCCCGACGUGAAUUUCAAAAGUUAUCCAAAAGGUACCGUGCCGCCUAGCGGACCAAGCAAACCUUCUCCGCCGGUACCUAAGGUCUUUUUUGGAAGCUAUCCGAAAGGUUUCAUACCUCCUAGUGCUCCAAGCAAGCCUUCGCGACCUCCAAGCGGCCCAAGCCAAUCAUCAUCGCCGGAGCAGAAGGUACUCUUUGGAAGUUACCCGAAAGGUAUUCAUGUCCCUCCUAGCGGUCCUAGCAAGCCUUCACCUCCGGAGCCCAACUUCGGAAGCUACCCAAAAGGCUUUGUGCCUCCUAGUGGUCCGAGCAAACCUUCACCGCCGGUGCCUAAUGUAUUUUUUAGAAGUUAUCCGAAAGGUAUUAUACCUCCUAGCGGGCCAAGCCAGCCUAAACCUCCUCAUCCGCAAUCGAAACCUAGAUAUUAGGGGCUCCUCUUGUUUUUGCUUCGAAAUCAUUUGGACUAUAGUGUGGAAUUCCAAUAGCACAUGUUCCAAUUUCAAGUUGCCCCGUAAUGAAUAAAACUUGACUAUUCCAAUA